AUGAGAUCACGUGCAUAUUUAGCAAUCGAUUCUCUGGGUGAAGCAACAUCUACUCAUCGUUAUCAAAUUCGUGAGAAGCUAUGUCAUACAGAUGCUCGUUGUACAAAAUCAGUCUCAAUUCCAGCCCCAGUUCAUUAUGCAGAUUUAGCAGCAUAUGCAGCUCGUAUGUUUGAAUUUGGUGAUGAUCUUGAUCAUAAUGAAGAAGUUGGUGAUGAAUUUGAUCCAACAGAAAAUAUUUCAUUAAAUGAUAUUGAAACUAAAGUUAUGACAUUAAAUGAUAAAAUUCAAAAUAAUAUGUGGUUUGUCUGA